AAAAAUUUCGAACAACAAUAAUAAAAAAAGUGAAAACAGUGACAAAGAUUUUUACUUUCUUAAAAUCAUCUCUGAUUGUUUAACUUUUCAGUGUGCAAAAGUCCUGUCAUUUAGUUUUGGAGAUAAUACAGUCUAUUGAUCCCCUACUAUCUUAUUCCCUAACAAGGGGAUCAAAAUGCUUUCUAGCUUCAAGUAAAAAACAAAGUUGGUAACACCAACUUUUUUUUGAUUAAGAAAUAUAAGUAUGUCCUGGUCACUUUAACAUAAAAAACAUAUACACAUAUACAUGUACACUUUCAUUUUCACUCCAAAUCUAAUUCUAAUUUUAUGAUCCUGGAUAUUCUAUUUUUAGAAAGAAAAUAAUAGUGUGAAAAGAUAAUGGUAAUGCCAUUAAUUUAGUGGACAGAAAAGCCAAAUUAUGAAAUUGAUGAAUCAAUUUCAUUGCUUAUGAAAAAAGCCAUUCAUCUAUUGAAAAAAUAUAGAGUUCAUCAAUAUCAAAUACUGUGUUUUGAUUGGUUAGAAUGUGAUAUAUCAUGCCUAGCUAACCAUGUGUGAUUUUGUAAUAAUGGUUCUGAAUAGUGUGAGAAGGGAGACUGCGGGUCUGUUUUCCUAUAGUUAUACUAUAAAUGUUCUAUUUGUAACUUUGUCUUUAAUACUCUGAUCAUUCCAAUUUUGCAAAUGUGCCUGUAUAUUUAUUCAAAUCUUUUCAAUAAUACAAAUACAACAAAAUAGUAAUCAUGCAACAGAUUUAUAAUUUACUCAUUAGCAAACAUGUUAUAGAUCAAUUGCUAAAAUGCUUUAAAAAUUGUUAAAGUAUAUACUUUUAUAGAAAAAUGAUCAUGCCAAUCAAUAAAUAAAAUUGACUCUUGAAGCAGUAUUUUUGUCUGACCCAAGUUUACAUACGUAUGGAGUAUGAGUUUAAUCCCCAAUGUGAAAUUUUGUAUAACACUAUUUUGCAUGUCACACCAUUUUGUUGUUACCAAAUUUCACAGUAGAUGUUACCUUUACAUCAUAUAAUUUACGAUUAAAUUUGGUUUCUACAUAUUAUAUUCAUGAUCCUAUUUUGGUACUUUCAAUAAAACACUAAGAACUUUAAUUGACCAUUGUACUUGAAUGAAAAAAAACUCCAAAAGUAAUACAAAUUUAACGAUCCUCUAGCAUGUAUUAUUGUCUAGAAAAAUAUGUCACUAUCUAAUGAUUUAGCAAAACAGUCAUUAUAUGGAUAAUUACGUUUGUAGAAACCAAUUGUUUAAUCAGAUGAUUUAGGUAACACAUUUUUCUAUAUUAAUUUAGAGGAUCACUUAAAAUAAUGUAUUACUUUUGGAGUUUUAUCAUUCUGGUACAAUGGUCAGCUAACUAAUCUUAGUAAAGCAAUAAAAAUGUUAAUUUGACAAUGACAAGGGCAUUAUUAGAAAAACACAAAGCAUCAGAUUCAAUAUAAUAUAUAUAUAUAUUAUGGUUCUACUAUAAUACAUAGCCUCAAAAUUAACAUAAAGCAGUUAAAGUUAUGCACUAAAAGAAAGAAAAAUGGUCUCUAAAUCUAAAAUGCUGUUGGUUUAUCAUAUUAGAAACAUGAAAAGCACCUUGAUUCUAAGACUUAUAGCAAAAUACAGCCUUUUAUUUUAAUCAUCCUUUACAAGUGAUAUAUAUUAUGUUAUAAUCACAGGAUCUGGGUAUACAUCUUUUAAUUAUGUGAAACUUUUAAUGAUAAAUGGUUUUCAGCUUGGCAGCAGCAUGGGAUCAAUGGGAUCAACGGGAUCAAGGGACUCCUCAGAAUCAGGGUCAGGGGAUUCAUCACCAGGAGCAAUAUUUGACAGUGGAUCUUCUAGUUCGUCUAGUUCGGAAAAUGAUGAACAGACUCCACUACAAUUUGGUGUACAUCGACCAAACUCUCUUUCCCCAUGUUUUGGGGCUUGGUCAACAAAUUAUCACAUUCCUCGAGGAGCCUCUUCUUUUAGCAAUGUUGGUGUUCCAGCAUUGUACGAACAGAUUCUGGAUCUCCGAAUUCGUGCAAAUCAAGAACAAGAUGAAAUGCACUGCAGUAAUUCCUCUGAGCUGGCAAAGGAGAUUGCUGUAUCCAAUGCAGCCAUUCCAAAGACUACCCCUGCUUCGCUGGACACAAUUAAGCAAACUGUCGAUGGUAUCGUAAUGAGUAUUGAUGAACCAGCAAUAUGGGGAGAGUUUCAAAAAGCUGGAACAGAGAUGAUCAUUAAUAGAAAUGGAAGGCGUAUGUUCCCACCCAUUGAGCUGUUUGUGAGUGGACUGGACUCAACUGCACUCUACAAUGUAUAUUUGAAAAUAUCUCCAGCAGAUGCCAUGCGAUAUAAAUAUGUCAACAACUCAUGGGUUUCAAUUGGGAAAUCCAUUGAUAACAAUAUUAAUUCACCAUUCAAAUAUACAAAUGGAUCAAACUUGGGAUCUUUCUUGGAACGGACAAAGAUCUCAUUUGCAACACUGAAAUUGUCUAACAAUAGGGAAAGGUUGAAUGACUGUGCUGUUCUUCAAUCAAUGCACAGGUAUCAACCAGUUCUUGAAAUAGAGAAACUCACACAGAAUGGCGAUACCUUGAUGUCACGAUUCAUAUUUCCUGAGGUCAGCUUUAUGGCAGUAACUGCUUAUCAAAAUCAGAAUGUGAAAAACCUGAAGAUCCAGUACAAUCCAUUUGCAAGAGCCUUCAGGAGCAGUGCGUCGCAAAGCCAAUGUGAAGUUGAGUUAGCCUGUAAUGAAAAUGGUGUUUCACAGCCGGUGUACAGCAUGACAGGAAAAGGUAUCGAGAUGCUUUCGUAUGAUCCAGUUCGGGUCCCUGUUGGGAAUACAAGAUAUCCCUUCCCAGUACAGCAUCCCUCAGAAUGGAAAGGCAUGCAUGGACAUGUACUAUCAACAGCGAUUCCACCUUCUAUUCACAAUAAGCCAUCAGCGCAUGAUAUGUCUCUUAGAUCAUUCCUACUUUUAGAUAUGGCUAAGCGAAUGAAGAAAAAACAUAUGAAAUAUGUAUCUUCAUUUGCAUCUAGUGGAAGGAGUCAGAUCUAUAAUAGACCACAUUCCAUGGAAUCGAGGAAUCAUUUGCGUGCCCAGAAGUACAUACGAGCAAGGAAGGGAGGAUCUUCAAAUUCAAGCCUAGGUAAAUAUGGAGCAAGUGCAGCGGUCAACAUGCACAGCAUGAAUGAAGGUUUCCAGUUGCGUUCAAAUACAGAACCUACAAUGACGUCUCCUACAAUGACAUCUCCUAAGGACCAGUUGUAUGGUGUGAGAGAACAGCCACAGCCGCAGCAACAACAAAAGCAGGAACACAAAAAAACAAGUGGUUCAAAGCUUUGGAAACCCUGGGAGAGCUGCGAUAGUAGCAGUAAUAGUAGUAGCAGCAUUAUCAAUGAGAAAGAGAAAGUAGAACAUCCUAGGGCACAAGCCAACAUACAAGUUUUUGAUCACAAUGAUUCAAAAACAUUGGAUGAAUGUAGAUGGCCAGCUACAAGUCAAUCUAUCAGCUUGCCACAAUCUGAUAAGCUUCACACAAUCACUAGGCCUUCAUCUGAGAAUCUCCAAGCAGUCGGUAGUUCUUCAUACGAAAAUCUUCCAGCAGUUAGUCUGCCAUCACCUGAAGAUCUUCAAGCAAUGAGCAGGCCAUCACCCAAAAAACUUCACACAAUUAGCAGACUACCUCCUGUGCGCUACCACAUGAUGAGCAAGUUACCACCCAAGAAAUUUCAUAUGAUUAGCAGACCAUCUGCUUUACAAUAUCACACAAUCCCCAAGCCACCACCGGAAGAACAUAGAGCGAUGAAUAUGCUACGAUCUAAAGAAUUUUGCACAAUAAAUAUGCUGCCAAUGGAGAAUUUUCACACAAUCAGCAGGCCACUGCCUAGUCAUACAAUCAGUCGCCAGUCGAUAGUUGCCAAUGAGGAAAAGCAGAAAGAAUCAAUGGAAAUUCAAGAGUUUGAAGGAAAUGAUGAAGAAAAUAUUGAAAUGUCAGAAGAAAUAAAUGAAGUCCUUGAUAAGGACACAAGCAAAAUUGAUGUUAACACUUAUCAAAAGAGAAAUAUUAUUCCAAUGAUGGAUGAUGCUUUUGAUCAAAGUGUUAAUGACAAUGAAGUUAAAGAAAUUAAUAACAAAACUCUCCAAAUAAAAACACAUGUUCAAACAUAUGAUAAAGAGAGGCCACAUACAAUAAGAGCACAGAAAAGUUCCAUCAUGGGUAAUAAGCCACUUGUAAAUAUUAAGUACAAGCAAAGAGCUGAUAUUGAUGAAGAGAAAGAAGAAGAUACAAUUGCAACAAGUGAAGAUAUAAUUAAAAAUGUUAUGAAUUCAAAUAUGACAAUAUGGAAUCCUUUGAAUAAUUGAACAUUAUAUAAACUGACUGAUUUUGUAAAUAUACAACUUAUUAAAAAUCUUAGCACCUAACUUAAUUCUGAUUGAGUGUGAAUUAAUAAUUUAUAUUUUGAAAUUUAUUUGUAAUAUAGUUGAAUAUGUGUAUCAAAUGGCUAAUAUGCUACUGCUACUAGCUCUUUGAUAUCAAGGUGCCAAUAUGGAUUUAUCUAGAAAAAUAUAAACUGAGCUGUGGUUAUAAUGAUCUGUGUAAAAAGUACAUAUACUGGCUGGAAAGGGAACAUAUGAUAUGUUCUGAUAUAUUCUCGAUAAUUGUAUACAUUGUAAUUUAUUUACAAAGUUGAAAUCAAAAUUAAAGGGGUUCAAGCCAAAAUAAUGUAAAUAACAUUUCACAGCCCAUUUAUUUUUGUAAGGUCAUGUACUGAAAAUCUGAUUCUGCUUGUUAAAGAUGAACUUGAAGUCUGAAAAUGCCAUUAUAGAAUAGUUUUAAAAAAAUAUUAUAUAAAACUGUUUGAUCAUGUUUAUAUUAUAUAUGAAUAUCUCUCACUCUAUGUAUAUAUCAGAGCA